CAUGUUUUAGGGUUUUGUAGGUUAAAGUUUUCUCACUCUAAAUUGCAGUUUUUGGAAGGGAAAUCUCAGACGCAGAUAGACAAAGAUGUUGGACAUCAAUUUGUUCAGAGAAGAGAAAGGCAACAAUCCUGAAAUCAUCCGUGAGUCUCAACGCCGCCGAUUUGCCAACGUUGAACUCGUUGAUGAAGUCAUUAAGCUUGAUAAAGAAUGGCGUCAACGCCAAUUUGAGCUGGAGAAUCUCAGAAAGGAGUUCAACAAGAUCAACAAGCAAAUUGCUCAGCUUAGAAUAGCUGGUGAGGAUGCGUCCGAGAGGAUUAAAGACACUGAAGAAAAUAAAAAGUUGUCUGCUGAGAAAGAUGUUGAAGCUAAGGAUGUGUUAAAGAAGUUGAACUCAAAACUGGAAAUAAUUGGAAACCUUGUGCAUGAUUCCGUUCCCGUCAGCAAUGAUGAGGCUAAUAAUGUUGUUAUCAGAUCGUGGGGUGAGAAACUAGUAAAACCGAAACUGAAGAAUCAUGUUGAUCUUGUUGAGCUUCUUGAAAUUGCAGAUUCUAAAAGAGGUUCUGAAAUAGCAGGAGGUAGAGGCUACUAUCUAAAAGGAGCUGGUGUGCGUUUGAAUCAAGCUUUGAUAAACUAUGGCCUUGACUUUUUGGAGAAAAGGGGUUAUACAGAACUGCAGACUCCUUUCUUCAUGAGAAAAGAUAUCAUGGCUAGAUGUGCUCAAUUGGCACAAUUUGACGAAGAACUUUAUAAGGUUACUGGUGAGGGUGAUGAUAAAUAUCUAAUUGCCACCGCUGAACAACCACUUUGUUCAUAUCAUCUUGAAGAUUGGAUUCAUCCUUCUCAAUUGCCUAUAAGGUACGCUGGAUAUUCAUCUUGCUUUCGUAAAGAAGCAGGUUCCCAUGGCCGAGAUACUCUUGGAAUCUUCCGAGUCCACCAAUUCGAGAAAGUAGAGCAAUUUUGUAUCACCAGCCCUAACGACAAUGAUUCGUGGGACAUGCAUGAAGAGAUGAUAAAAAAUUCCGAGGAAUUCUACAAGACGUUAAAUAUCCCAUACCAAGUUGUGGCUAUAGUUUCUGGUGCAUUAAAUGAUGCAGCUGCCAAGAAAUAUGACUUAGAAGCAUGGUUUCCUGCAUCUCAGACUUACAGAGAGUUAGUAUCAUGUUCUAAUUGCACUGACUAUCAGUCCAGAAGGUUAGAGAUUCGAUACGGUCAGAAAAAGAGCAACGAGCAGACGAAACAAUAUGUGCAUUUGCUAAAUUCUACACUCACCGCAACAGAAAGGACUCUAUGCUGCAUUCUUGAGAACUACCAAAAAGAAGAUGGGGUUGAAGUACCUGAAGUUCUACGACCAUAUUUGGGUGGAAAGGCAUUUCUACCCUUCAAAACAAAACCGACAGGGAGCGAUUCCAAAGGGAAGAAAUCGAAGGCCUAAUUGUGGCUGGCAAUCGUUAUCAGUCUUGUCAAGCAAGCCCAAAGCUCACUCCAAUUAUGAAAUUCUUGGACCAUUCCCACAUGGUCUCGAAACUCUUAUUUAGAAAAUUUAGAUUUGGUUUGAGAUAUUGCUAGGAAAUGCUUUUUGGUAUAAUAUAGCUUUUACUUUUAUAAUCCGCACUCACAUUAUGUCGACCAGUUUCAAUAGAUUCUCAGGAAACUGAAGUUGGAAAGAGUAGAAGAGAUAAUUUUAUGCAAGCGAACUUUUUUUUUGUUUUUUUGUUUAACAAUUUGAAGAUUAUUUUCUUUGGCAAUUGUUACCGACCUAUUUUGGUAUCAAAUGAAAAUUUUGAUGUGAUCAAUAAUGA